CAAGAAUCCCGCCGUCUUCAUUCUCUUGCCCAAGAGUUUUGGGUGAAUGUAAAGGGAGCUCACUCCCCCCGUCACUCAUUUAUCAAGAACGAACUCUCUUUUGAACAUCUCAUUCAACUGUAAUCAUCCCUCUCUAUCAAUCAAUCUCUGACUUGUUUCCUUUCAACAAGUUUUGAUUGAUUUUACCCUGAGAGACACCCAUCGAACCCUUGUUGAACUAAAGCAAGACCCUCUACACUCUGACUAGUCUCAGUCAGUUAGUUAUACAGCAUCGCCACUGAGCGGGCUUGAUCAGAUAUCCCAUUAUUGCAUUCUCUUCUAUUCCCGUCAUGUCUCCUCCCGCUCCAGAGCAGAAGCCUCAGCUUCAACAACAACAACAGCAGGGCUCAUCAUCAGGAGAUUCAUCUUCUGGCAGUGCCAAUGACUCAAAGUCUGUGACGCCUGCUCCUAGCGCCACAUCUAAUACAUCCCAGAGCAGCACUGCUCCCUCAACAUCAAGCGACGAUAACCUUAUCUGCCGAUGGAAUGCUUGCAACCAAAAGUUCCCUGCUCCCGAGGCUCUCUAUGAGCAUAUUUGCGAGCGCCAUGUUGGUCGCAAGAGCACAAACAACCUCAACUUGACUUGCCAGUGGAACUCUUGCCGAACUACCACGGUCAAGCGAGACCACAUCACCUCGCACAUCCGUGUCCAUGUUCCUCUCAAGCCUCACAAGUGUGAGUUCUGCGGCAAGUCUUUCAAGCGUCCUCAGGACUUGAAGAAGCAUGUCAAGACCCAUGCCGAUGACUCUGUACUUGUUCGCCCAUCCCAGGAUCCUCAAGGUGGACUCAACUACAGGCCACAGCCUCCAAAGGGUAUGUCUCAUCUCGACUCUAGUCCACGGCUGUGGUCCUCCGGUUUUCCUUCCCUCGAGGCUAAUCCGCCCCCAGGCCCCUCUAGCUACUAUGAUCACACUGGCCAGAUGCGAACUAACGCAGCAGCCUUUGCUCAUCAGGCAGGCCAUCCUAGUGGCGGUUACUACGCUCCCCAACCCUCUACCAACUAUGGUCUCUACUUCAACCAGCCUCCUAUCAACAAUGCCCGUACCGAGCACCUUGGAUACAGCGCUGCUGCCGGCGGUUAUGACCGAAAGCGCACCUACGACAUGGUUGACGACUUCUUCGGCAGCGCCAAGCGUCGACAGAUCGAUCCUUCGUCUUAUGCCCAGAUUGGUCGUUCCUUGAUGCCCCUCCAUGGCAACCUCUCCGUUCCCAACGGUCCUAUGACUGCUACCGAGCAGUACAUGCCUCAGCCUGCUCCCGCACCGGUCCACGCUGGUCCUACUCCUAGCCAAAACCCCUUGGCUCAGCAAUACUACCUGCCCAUGCCCAGCGCGCGAACUCAGAAGGAUCUCAUUCACAUCGACACCAUUCUUGGCCAGAUGCAAGACACCAUCUACGAGAAUGCUAACCACGCUACUGCUGGUGUCCACAUUCAUCACGCUGAAAACGGCUUCAACGGUUACCGCAACACUCCUUCGCCUCCUACCUCUCACAGGUCUCCUACCGGCAUGCAUGUCGGAGCUGACGGCUACCAGCCUGUGUCUGCCGCUAGCAUGGCCUCGCCUCUGACGGCCAUCUCAUCUACCGGCACUCCUGCUGUUACACCGCCCUCCAGCUCCAUGUCAUACACAUCUGGUCACUCACCAAGCCCAUCAUCCUCUGCCAUGUCUCCUCAGUCCCGCCACGGCUCAACUGCCUCAGUCAUGUACCCCACUCUCCCCACAAGCCUCCCUGCUGUUAGCCAGGGCUUCGGCCACUCUGCUACAACCACUCUUGGCCCUAGCUUUGACGGCAGUGAGCGUCGCCGCUACUCUGGUGGUAUGCUCCAGCGAGCUCGUGCUGGUCCUCUGCCUCUGCCUCAUGAGGACACCAGUGGUGCUUCCACUCCCAAGGCUAGCGAGUCUGCUCUGUCUGUUGGCUCUCCCUCUUCAGAGUCUGAUGUCAGUGAUGCUACCCGUGAGCGUGAGGAGCAGUAUGACCGCUGGCUCGAGAACAUGCGGGUCAUUGAGACUCUUCGCGAGUACGUCCGUGGACGUCUGGAGCGCAAGGAGUUUGUGGACGACAACGAGUCGCCACGAUCUAGCCACUCUGACGCUAUGGAUGUUGACCCAAAGAGCCCUCAAGCUCCCCCCAGAGAACUGGGUACCCCCCGUGAGGGAUCCUCUCUGUACCCUAUCCUUCGCAUGCCUGGCGCUUAGGUCAGUCCUUGAGUCAGCUGCUGGUUUGGCUGUACGUGUACUAUUAUCGUCUAUCUUUUUCUCUGCAUCAAAGCAAUGCGGAAUGUUAUGUUCACGCGGUCUCAAUGUUGAUAUGAAGUCUGAACCAUUUGGUUCUGGGACGCUCUGAAUUGAGCUUCCCACAAUUAGCGGCUGGGAAGGGCCUACUAUUUAGUUGGUGAAAUAUAAGGACAGAUGUAAUGCAAUGGACCUUAAGUCGGGGUUUCUUUUUCGUUUUUCUUUUGUCAGCUACUGCUUGACAAUCUUGUGGUCAAUCAAUGACGGAUUAUGAAUGAUAUAGGCAAAAAGGUGGCUCGGUUUUUGAGAUGAGAUAGCUGGGAUUUGAGUUAUCGAGUACUAUCAACAAGAACAAUAUCAAAAAGUGCUGAACAAUCUUCCAAGACCAUGUUGACUCUCUGAUACAUCAUGCCUGAUGUCAUUGGUUUGUAU